UAAUAAGCUUCUUUUUCUUGACGGAUGAUAAUGAUCAUCAUGGUGAUGGUCAUGAUGAUGACGGCUCCACUAUCUCAAAAACCUAAUCCCUUGUAGCAUUAUGUAUAUAUAUAGCCCCAUUGAGGUCUUCUUGUAAACUAUACAAACCUUACAGAACUAUCCUCUUCUUCAAUCUAGUUCUCUUACAUAAGAAGAAUCUGUUUCCAAUUGACUAGAGUGUAGGCUUUAACAUCUAUUAAUGGAGGGUAAAGGACGAGUCGGAUCACCAACUUCUUCUUCUUUCACCACCGAACUAUUUGGCUCUAAAGAUCCUUCGCCGCCAUCUUCUUCCUCCGGAAUCUUUUCUUCCAUUUUCCCACAUCCCUCCAAGGGCGUUGCAAGAGAUGGUCAAAGCUCCAAACAUGGCUCACAAGCUCAACGUAGAGAAUCUUCAACUGCGCAAGAAGACAGAGUUGAGCCAUGUCAUCUAAGCUCUUCUCUUUACUACGGUGGUCAAGACGUAUACUCUCGAUCCACCACCAACCAAACUUACCCAACAGUUAAAAACGAGCGUCGAAGAAGCGGAGAAGACGAUGCUAAUGGACAGAACUCGCAAGAUGUUUCAAGAGGAAACUGGUGGCAAGGUUCUCUUUAUUACUAAAAACCACUUCCUUCACUUUCUUUGUAAAUCUCACCAGAAACACAUGAAGCUCCAGCCAAAGUACUAAUAUCUACCGAAUCGAGACUUUGUAUAAAUAAGUUUAUACCGGAGGGAAAAAAAAGUUUACUAGGAGAUUUCGAAGAUUAAAAGAUAAUAUCAAAGAGAUCUCCUGGUAAAGGUGUCUUAAAUAGAUUUGUCUAAUUACUCUAGUACUUGUUAUAAUCAACUCUAUCAAUAUUUACUCUGCUUUCCUCUG